AUGGAGAUUCACGAAGAUGAACCAGAUAACGUUCAUUUGGGUCCCACCGUUAAUUUGGAUGAUGAUGAUGAUGUCCACCACCACCUUGUUGACAAUCCUGACAUCAUAUAUUCAGAACCAGAGGGAAGUGAAGAUGAAAACACGUUUCAAGCUGCCGACGGAGACUCAUCGGACUCAGACCACUCAGACCAAGAAGGUGGACAACAGGCGGCUCCUGACCCCCCUGUUAAUUCUCAAGUGCAUGGCAUGGUAGCUGGUCAGCCAUCUAUCCCUAUUGCGGCCAUACAGGAGAGAAUCAGUGGGGAACUUAACUACCAAGUGUCAUACAUGAAAGCAUGGUUAGUGAAGCAAAGGGCACUUGCUCAGGUGUUUGGCAAUUGGGAAAAUUCUUACAACGAGCUCCCGAGAUGGCUUGGUUAUAUGAGUUCAUUUUCCUCAGGAUCCCACUACUACAUUUACACAGAUGAUUAUGUCGGUGCGGAUGGUCUUGUUGAUGGUAGUCUUCGCAAAUUCCGUCGGGUGUUCUGGACUUUCAAACAGUGUUGUGAAGCUUUCAACUAUUGUAAGCCGAUGAUCCAGAUAGAUGACACUUUUUUGUAUGGAAGGUAUAAAGGAACAUUGCUGAUUGCCACCACACAAGACGGAAACUCCAAUAUUUUGCCAAUAGCUUUUGCAGUGGUGGAGGGUGAAAGUUUGAGUUCAUGGUCUUGGUUUUUGCGUCUGAUAAGGCAACAUAUUACUCAGAAACAAGGUAUAUGUCUGAUAUCAGACAGACAUGCAGGCAUCAAAGCCGCUGUGACAAAUGCGAGAAACGGGUGGCAACCUCCAAAUGCGCAUCAUGUGUAUUGCAUCCGUCACAUUGCUAGCAACUUCAACCAUAAGUUUAAGAAUGCAAAGCUUAAACACGAGCUGACUAGCCCUGCUAUCCAGGCAUGGAUUGAAGGAAUCAGUAGGGAGAAAUGGAGCCUCGCAUGUGACAUUGAUGGUCGUAGAUUCGGCCACAUGACAACCAACCUUGCAGAGUCUGUUAAUAAAGUGUUCAAGGGCGCUAGGAACAUGCCGAUCACCGCACUUGUCAAAUGCACAUAUGCCCGUCUCGUAGAUUACUUUGUUCAAAGAGGCAUUGCUGCAAGAGAUCAAUUGGCGGCCCGACAGGUUUACUGCAACAAGGUCAUGGUCGCGUUAGCCAAAAAUCAUGAAAAGGCAUGUGCUCACAUUGUGCGCACGUAUAACGUGGAACGAACUAGGUUUGAAGUCGAGGAAGGAUUCAACCAGCGCACGCAUCGUAAUGGUUACAGGUGGAGUGUUCGACUCGAUCUGGGAACAUGCGAGUGUGGACGUUUCCAAGCAUUCAAGUAUCCAUGUGACCACGUGAUCGCGGCAUGCGCUCGACAGUCUAUUAAUUAUUAUGAUUUUGUGGACCCUGUGUAUAAGCUAGAGACUGUACGAGAUGCGUAA